GAUGGACCACGCGAUGAAGAAUUCGUAAAUAUUAUCCUAAUAUUAUCGGGUAAAGGUCCAACGAUCACAAAAACAAUAACAAUAGCUGAAAUACUUAAACGAAAGAUGGAUAAUUUACAUCAAUAUACACAAAUUGGAAGAUAUAAUGUUAGAGAAAAGAUUGACGACGCCGUUAAUAGUAUUCUGAAUGGUGAUGCUGAUAACGAGGCUACUGCUAAUUCGAAUGAUGAAAAGGAUGGCAAUGGGUAA